GCCCCCUCCGCCUCGGCCCCGCCCAACCGAGCGGGGAGGGGCGUGGCCUUACCAGCGAGGCCCCGCCCCGCGGUGGGAGGGGCAGGGCACGGCGGAGCGGCGGCGGCAGCGGCCCCGGGAUGGAGCGGCGGGGCCCGGGGCUGGCGGCGCUGGGGGCACUGGGGCGGCGGCUGCUGUGGGCGCUGCCUGCCUACGCGGCUGGGCUGCUGGGGCUGGGGGCCGGCGCCGUGGUGCUGGCCCUGGCCCUUUACGCCGGUUGGCGGCGGCGGCGGCAAGCCCGGGAGCGCGGGAUGCAGUUGGCCGCCCGCCUGCAACGGGACGAGGAAGCAGCUGUCAGAGCCGCCGCUGCCGCGGGGCUGGGCGCGGCCCGCGGGGAGCUAACGGCAUGGGUGAACUUCCCGGACGUGGAGAGGGCAGAAUGGCUCAACAAGGUGCUGGCCCAGGCUUGGCCUUUCUUCGGGCAGUACAUGGAGAAGCUGCUGGUGGAGAGCAUCGCCCCUGCCAUCCGCGCCUCCAACGCCCACCUGCAGACCUUCACCUUCACCAAGGUGGACAUGGGGGAGAAGCCUCUGCGGGUGCUGGGGGUCAGAGCCCAUCCUGGUACCCACAAGAAGCAGAUCCUGCUGGACCUCAACAUCAGCUAUGUGGGAGACGUCCAGAUCGAUGUGGAGGUGAAGAAGUUCUUCUGCAAGGCAGGGGUGAAGGGGAUGCAGCUCCACGGGAUGCUGCGGAUCAUCCUGGAGCCCCUGCUGGGGGAUGUGCCCAUCGUGGGGGCACUCAGCAUGUUCUUCAUCCGGCGCCCGACCUUGGACAUCAACUGGACUGGCAUGACCAACCUGCUGGACAUCCCCGGGCUCAGCUCCAUGUCUGACACCAUGAUCAUGGACACCAUCUCCUCCUACCUGGUGCUGCCCAAUCGCCUCCUGGUGCCACUGGUGCCAAACCUCCACGACGCUGCCCAGCUGCGGUGCCCUCUCCCUCGGGGGGUGGUGAGGGUUCACCUGCGCGGUGCCCGCGACCUGCGCUGCAAGGACAGGUUCAUGGGGGGGCUGGUAGAGGGCAAGUCUGACCCCUACGCCGUGCUGAGGGUUGGCACCCAAGUGGCUACCAGCAGGGUGAUCGAUGACAACCUCAACCCCACCUGGGAUGAGGUUUAUGAGUUCAUCGUGCACGAGGUGCCAGGGCAGGAGAUCGAAGUGGAGCUCUUUGACAAAGACCCAGACCAGGAUGAUCUCCUGGGCAGGAUGAAGUUGGAUUUUGGGGAGGUGCUGAAGGCUCAGGUGGUGGAGGAGUGGUUCCCGUUGCAGGAGGGGGGGCAGGGUCGGCUCCACCUGCGCCUGGAGUGGUUGUCCCUCACCUCCGACGCCUCCAAACUGGAGCAGGUUUUGGAGAGGAACCAAACGAUCGUGGCCAAACCUGACCCCCCCUCAGCUGCCAUCCUGGUGGUGUACCUGGACAGGGCUGAGGACCUGCCUAUGAAGAAGCCUGGCAAGGAGCCCAACCCCAUGGUGCAGGUCUCGGUGCAGGAUGUGACCAGAGAGAGCAAAGUGGUUUACAACAGCUCAGCCCCUGUCUGGGAAGAUGCUUUCCGUUUCUUCCUGCACGACCCUGCCCACCAGGACCUGGACAUCCAAGUGAAGGACGACCCCCGGCAGGGCUCCCUGGGGUCGCUGUCGCUGCCGCUGCGCCGCCUGCUGCAGGCUCCGGAGCUGACCCUGGCGGAGCCUUUCCAGCUGCAGCGCUCAGGGCCCCGCAGCCGCCUGCACAUGAAGCUGGUCCUGAGGGUGCUUUACUUUGAUGCCCCCGAGGAUGCCACCCCCCAGCCCACCCUGUCCUCAGGGCAGCCUGAGCCCCCCCCCAGCAGCACUGUUGGCAGCCCCCGGCCCAGCCACACCCAUCCAGACCCCCAGUUUGGGACCGAGCACGUGCUGCGCAUCCACCUGCUGGAGGCUCAGGACCUGGUGGCCAAGGACACCUUCCUCGGGGGGAUGGUUCGGGGCCGCUCCGAUCCCUACGCCAGGGUCAGGGUCUCCGGGAGGAGCUUCCGCAGCAGAGUGGUGAAGGAGGAGCUCAACCCCCGCUGGAAUGAGGUCUACGAGGUCAUCGUGGACAACAUCCCCGGGCAGGAUGUGGAGUUUGACCUCUUUGACAAGGACAUCGACAAGGAUGACUUCCUGGGCAGGUGCAAGGUGCCCCUGAGGAGGGUUCUGAGCCACCGAGUGCUGGAUGAGUGGCUGCCUCUGGAGGAGGUGAAGUCAGGGAGGCUCCAUGUGAAGCUGGAGAGGUUGGAUCCUUGCCCCAGCACUGCCCUCCUGGAGCAGGUGCUGCACACCAACAGCCUGCUGCAGCCUGCCCGCGGGGAGCUGCUCUCUGCCGCCCUGCUCAGCGUCUUCCUGGACAGAGCCUCCGAGCUGCCGCUCCGGAAGGGCUCCAAGCCCCCUGCUGCCUUUGCCAGCCUGACCGUGCGAGAGGUCACCCUCAAGACCAAGACCUGCAGCCCGAGCACGGAGCCUGUGUGGGAUGAAGGCUUCUCCUUCCUCAUCAAGCAGCCCCACCUGGAGUCCCUGGAGCUGCAGGUGAAGGAGGAGGGGGGGCAGCCCCUGGGUGCCCUCAGCCUGCCCCUGCCCCAGCUGCUGGCAUCUGAGGGGCUGCUGCUCGACUCUUGGCUGCCCCUGGCCGGGGGGGGCCCUGGCAGCCAGGUCCUGCUGCGGGCACAGCUGGGGGUCCUGGUGUCGCAGCAGGCAGAGGCUGCAGGGGAUGCAGCCCCCCCCGUGCCCAGGGAGGUGCCAGGGGACGAGGAGAGUGGGGCUGGGGGGGGGCUGCGGCAGAGGCUACAUCCUGGUGACAGCCCCCCCGAGCCCGCAGAGUCCCCCCUGGGCCGCCUGCAGCUGACGCUGUGGUACCACCGCGACCAGCAGAAGCUUGUGGCCAUCGUCCACUGCUGCAGGAGGCUGAAGCCAGCAUCCAAGGAGCUGCCAGACCCUUACGUGUCCCUGGUGCUGCUGCCCGACCGCAGCCGUGGCACCAAGAGGAAGACCUCGGUGCAGAGGAAGAGCCUCAACCCUGACUACAAUGAGAGGUUCGAGUGGGACCUGCCCCUGGAGGAGGCUUCGCGCCGCAAGUUGGAGGCUCAGGUCAAGUCCUCGCAGUCCUUCAUGGCCAGGGACAAGGAGGUGCUGGGGAAGCUCCACCUGGACCUGGCGCAGGUGGAUCUGACCGAGGGGGGGAGCCACUGGUACGAGCUGCAGGAGGAGCGGAGCAGCCCCUAAGGGACUCCUCCCUCACCCCCGCCCCCACCGUGCCUGAAGACCGCGGGGGGGGGGGGGAAGGGAAUUGGGGUGAGGGGUCUGGAGGAGGAGGGGGAGCACCGCGACCCCCCCCCAGCUGCUCCUGCUGCCUCCCCUCCCCCCCAUGCCACCACCUUCCCCCCACACACCCAAACCUCAUCACUGACCAAAGAUGCACCGGGGGGAGGUGCCCAGACCGUGCCCACCCCCCCCGACUGUUACUGCUUGGUGCCUUUUGCCCCCCACGAGGACUUCCCCCCCGGUGCUGACCGGGGGGGGGAGAAGGGAAGGCCCCGGUUGGGGUCGUGUCCCCCUCUCCGGCGGGGGGGGGGGAGUGAUGCUUUUGUCAGAGCCGCUGUCGCCAACGCCACCAACGCUGCGGUGCCACCACCGCGAUGCCAGCAACGCUGCGAUGCCACCGCCGCGAUGCCUGCAAGGCUGCGAUGCCAGCAAGGCUGCGAUGCCACCGCUGCUGUGAUGCCACCGCCGCGAUGCCAGCAACGCUGUGAUGCCACUGCCGCGAUGCCACCGCCGCUGUGAUGCCACCACCGCGAUGCCACCACCGCGAUGCCACCGCUGCUGUGAUGCCACUGCCGCGAUGCCACCGCUGCAAUGUCGCCGCCGUGAUGCCACCGCCGCCACCCCCUCCCCCCGCCUCGUUGCUGCCUUCCCGGGGCUGUGUCCCUGUCCCCUCCCCCAGGCUAAUAAAGGAGGGGAGGGGACGGAGCUGGC